GCAGCAGCGAGAACCACUUUUAGAUCGACGGCUUUCCACCUUCAGAUGUGCAUCUAUGAAUACUUACACAAAAUACACCUUUUUUCCUCAUCUGCGCUUGUGCUCGACCGCAGCCACCGUUUGUCUGCUUGAAAGAAGCAUGAUAUCAUUCACCUGUGCAUUUUUCAUGAAACCAAGAAGAGAGUUACUAGAAGUACCCUCGUUCUUUUUCCCAUCACGUCGAAACAUACGGCCCAUGUUGUUGUUAUAAUUAAUGGCAUUAGUUUCACAAAUAUUUACGUCAACAGGGUACAGCUACUAGGGUGUUGUACCUACUCUCCUUAGACCCCUCGUCCUCCGAUGAUUCGGUUGCAUCCACUUCAUGAAAUUUUAUGGUGAUGACUUGAUGCCCUUGCCUGCACCCACAUGGAUCCCUGGAAGGGUGGCGAGACACGGGGCUCCUCGAGCACCGAAUCAUUUCAUAACAACAAGACUGUUUAUCAGAAUGCCAAUGUGUACGAACGUAGAAAAAUGAGCUUGUCCUGACUUGUACCUGUUGAUCAAAAAAAAUGCUGGUAUUUCGAUCGACUCACGAAGAGGAGCAAACUUGAUUGUUUACAACUACUUCGUGUAAUUCAAAUGCUCCGAGUAUUUUUCACUGGCACACCACCGAGGCGACCCUCUAGAAGGCUACAGAAAAGUGAUCAUGAUGAAGAUAGAUCAUUAUAGACGCAGGUGGGUUGUGCUUAUCUGUUAGUGAAUGUGAAUCUUAUCUGGUGUCUGAAUCUGAAAUGUAAGUGCGUUCCUGAAGUCAAAAAGUCAGAACUACAUCAAAUAAUCCACACGGUACAAAACCAAAACUGGAUCCGCGCAUCUGACCUAGACCACCAGGACCAGCACGGCCACGUGCUGAACUGUGUAUAUGCAGAAUUUUAGAGCGUAACGCGAUAAGAAUAAACAUCCGCCACCGUUUUAGUUGUGUUUAUUCCUAUCCUGACACCGAGCGACCCCGACGAUAGAGAGAAACGCGACGGGAGGAAUCAACGACGCCCCGAAUUGUGAAAAUCGUGCGCAGUUUUGCCUGUUCUGUGUGUUUAUUCCUAUCCCGAGAAAAGUUUCCUAGAUCGUGUUUUCGUCUAUCGUUCUGCAGUCGGUUUAGAGCGAAACUCGUGAAAUGCUUCGAAAUCGCAAAAGAUGCGAAGGUCGUUGGCACAAUUUACGUCGUAGGCGGUCUGUUGAGGGUUUUCUGUCGUGCGAGUUGCGCCCAUGGCGUAGUCUGUGCGUUGAGGGUAUUUCUGGCCUUUUAGUCUGCUGAGAGGAUAACUUUUUGUGAGAGUUAAGAGGAUAGCCCGCUGAGGGUAUUGCCGUAGUGUUUCAGCAGUGUUCGGAGGUCGUUGGCACAAUUUGCGUCAUAGGUACUUUGCUCGAGAUGAAAUCUGUCGAGAGUAUUGGGCGGCGAGUCUGUUGAGGGUAUUGCGCUGACUCUGCUCGGAAUGAAAUCUGUCGAGAGUAUUGGGCGGCGACUCUGUUGGGGGUAUUGCGCAGCAUGUGAAAGAAGUGCACACGACGCCGAUGGGAGAGAAGUCCACACGACCCAGCGCCAAUCUGUUGAGGCUGUUUCAUUGCGACCUGUUAGAGGUUCGCCGCGCUUGUCAAAGAGAAGAGGCCGGGAGCUGUCUAGUCGAGUGCGGAGCCAUGCUGCAGCUGCUGCAUUGAGGGACGAACCUGCGCGGCUCUAUUCUGUUUGAGAUUUUUGCUGGUUAUCUGUUGAGGCUUUAAGCCAGCCUCGCAAAUUUUGAGAGUUUCGAAUUAGAUAGGCGCCCAGAGGGGUCCACCGUGCGCCCAUCUGUUUGAGCUACUACUUAGUGGACGUCUGUGGAGGGUUGAGCUGAGCAAAAGUCUGGGCUUUAAAGUUGUUUGCGUUUCGUUAAGUAAUUGAGCGACUAAGACGCGCCGAACGUGACUCGAAGCGCACUGACGUGGCGACAUACUUAGUCCGUCGCUUCUCUUUCAAGUCCAUCCAUGGCGUUGCUGCCCCCCCCUCCCC